AUGCAGAUAGGCGGCAGCGAUGCCAGUACCGCCGCCGUCCAGCCUAAUGCUGCUUCGAAGCAAGAGCUAGUCCAGCAGCUGGCCACCUCCAGCAACACCGAUGGAGGCAUUAUCGCGCAGUUGACGAGCAACCCAUUCUUUACGGCCGGGUUCGGGCUCGCAGGACUUGGUGCUGCCGCAACGUUUGCGCGGCGGGGCGUGAAGAGUGGUGCAGCGCUGUUGAAGAGGCGCCUGUUGGUCGACGUCGAGAUCACCAACCGCGAUGUCUCGUACCAGUGGUUCCUCUACUGGUUGAAACUCCACGAACAGGGCCGACUCGUUCAGCAUGCUGUGUCGGCUGGGCGCAAGCCCUCCUCCAUGUCUGCGCUCUUGCAACGACUGACGCCGUCUAUGCGACAGCUGUCCAUCGAUACUGAGCUCGAAAAGCUGCCCAACGGCGCCAUCAAAGCAAAUUUUGUCCUUGUAGCAGGUCCCGGAAGACACUUCCUGCGAUACCACAAUGCAUUCAUAGCGGUCAACAGGCAGAGAGAGACCAAGCAAUACACAGCUGACGGCAAGCCAUGGGAGACCAUCACUCUCACAACAUUGUACUCCCAACGCCAUGUCUUCGAAUCUAUCUUCACCGAAGCCCAUGCUCUGGCAGUAGAGAAUGUCGAGGGCAAGACACCCAUCUUCAUUCCUCGCUCCACUGAGUGGAAGGAAUUUGGCAACGCCCGCCCCAAGCGACCCCUCGAAUCCGUCCUCUUAGACGAAGGCGUGAAAGAGCGCAUCGUCUCCGAUGUGCAGGAUUUCAUCGCGUCCAAGAAAUGGUACGCUGACAGAGGCGUCCCAUACCGGCGCGGCUACCUGCUCUACGGCCCACCCGGGACCGGCAAAUCGUCCUUCAUCCAAGCUCUGGCCGGGCACCUUGACUAUAACAUCGCCCUGCUGAAUCUCAGCGAGAAGGGCAUGACCGACGACCGCCUGAACUACCUUCUCACUAUAAUUCCCGAGCGGACCAUCGUCCUGCUCGAGGACGUUGAUGUCGCGUGGGUCAAUCGGCGGGACAUGGGCGGGGACGGCUACAAUGGACCGAGUGUCACCAUGUCGGGCCUGUUGAAUGCUCUCGACGGUGUGGCCAGCGCCGAGGAGCGCAUUAUCUUCCUGACGACGAACCACGUGGAGAAACUUGAUGCGGCUCUGGUCCGACCUGGCAGAGUCGACAUGACCGUCUACCUUGGCAACGCCAGUGUAUAUCAGAUCCAACAGCUAUGGAAGCGCUUCUACGAUGAUGUCGAUCCGGACGGCGUACACCGACAAAAAUUCCUUGAAACACUACAGGCACAGGGAAUGCUUAGGGUGGACGAAAGUGGUGCAAGUGCAUCAGACGUCUCGCCGGCCGCGAUCCAGGGGCUAUUCCUGUACAACAAAGACAAUCCGCUCGGCGCCAUUGAGAUGGCUGGGCAAUUGCUGCCACCUUUGCAGGGCAGUCCUUCUAGCAUUUCCGCCGCUGACAAGAGCUGA